GCGCCAGCGGCCUCGGGGCGGCGGUGCUGGCGGGACUGGGCGCUGGGGCUUGGGAAGUGGCGCUGCACCUCUGCCGCCGCGCCGCCGAGCUGCGAGGCUGGCGGUUGGGGCACUUGGGCGGCCUGGCGGUGGCCUUCCUGAAGGCCGUCCUUGCCUGCGAGCGGUGCCUGGAGGCAGCCCCUCUUCGGCGCCUCCUGAGUUUAGUGGAGGUGGGCCCCGCGCGGGUCUUGGUCCUGGACCUCCUCUCUCCGGUGCCAGGCGUCAAGGACGAUGGGCUGCGGGCGGAAGUGGCAGAGACGCUCUGGAGGCACAACCUCGGCCCGAGGCUUCAAUGCUUCGCGAUCCAGCGCAGGCUGCACCGCCCGGUGCUCUCCGCGCUCGGGGAGCUGCGGUCCGCCUCUUUCGCCGCGCAAGGCCUCCUGAGGGACCGGACCUUGGAGCGCCAGUUCUGCCUGGGCGCUGCCACGCGACACCUGCUGCCGGCACUCAGGCUCGAGCCGUGCUGCCGCAGCCACCCAGCGGCAAAAAAGCCGCGGCCAAAACGCCGGCGCUUUGUGCUCCGCAGGUUCGUUGCGAGGACGGACACUCUCUGCACAUCAGACGUGCCACGGUGCACGUGAUGGAGGGAAGCCGAUGUCGGCGGGGUGUGCAGCUGCUGGCUGCUUUGCUGCUGGCGGCAGUGGCGCACUUUAGUCAGGCCUGGGGCUUCGCACUGGCGGGGUCCCGGCGAUCCGAGGAUGGCUCGCCCAAGACUGUGCGAGCUGCUGAAGGCAUCCUUGUGGCAGACCGCGAGCGCAGGCAGAGCAAGGACAAGGCCGGUGCCAUUCAGCCGCUGUCCUGGCUCCAGAAGCCCAAGCCCCCCACGCUGCCGGCGGAUUUGUUCAAGCCCAAGGAGAGCUUGUCCCAGACCUUCCUCGCGGACCCGAACUACAUCUUCAAAUGCGUCACCGCGCUGGACGACGAGUCGGAGGCCGGCAAGAGAGUGAUCGAGCUUGGGCCAGGCACCGGCGCCAUUACGUCUCGGCUCUGGCAGCGCUACCCCGAGAUGAUUGGCGUCGAGAUCGACCAGCGCGCCAUGCGGGUGCUGUCAAACACCGUGCCCGGCGCGACGAUCAUCAGAUCGGACGUGUUGCUGGUGAACUACACCAAGUUGGCCGAGCUCAGAGGCGGACCCUUGUCCAUCGUGAGCAACUUGCCCUUCCACGUGGCGUCGCAAGCCCUCUUCACCUUGGCCGACCAUGCGGAUGGCGUCCGCAACGCGCACGUCAUUCUGCAGAAGGAGGUGGCGGAGCGAUUGGUGGCGAAGCCCAACAGCAAGAAGUACGGCAUCCCCAGCGUCGUCUUCCAGCUGUGCCGCGGGUUGAACAUGGCGAAGACCUUGAAGCUGGCGCUGAGCGCUUUGGCCUUUGCUCAGGCCCACAAGCCUCGUGCUGAUGUGGAGCAAGCCUUCGAUAAGUUCCUGAAGGAUUUUGACAAGAGCUACGAUGACGUCGAGAAGCAGGCCCGCUUUGCUGCUUUCGCCGAGAAUUACGAGUACAUCCAGCGCGAGAACGCCAAGAAGCUGUCGUACAAGCUGGGUCUCAACGAGUUUUCGGACAUGACCCUGGACGAGUUCAAGAUGGGCAUGCUGGGCAUGAACAUGCCGGAGUCAGUCUGGGGCAAUGUGGCAAGCGGGGGAGUGCACAAAGUGAGCAACGCGAGCCUGCCAAAAUCUGUCGACUGGAGAGGAAAGGCAGUGACCCCGGUGAAGAACCAGCAGCAGUGCGGAUCUUGCUGGGCUUUCAGCACCACUGGCGCGUUGGAGGGUGCCUGGGCCCUCGCGACUGGCAAGCUGGUGUCCCUGUCCGAGCAGCAGCUGGUGGAUUGCUCCAAGAAGUUCGGCAACCAGGGCUGCAGCGGCGGCCUCAUGGACAACGGCUUCAAGUACGAGGAGCAGGCGCCGGUGUGCACAGAGGACAGCUAUCCCUACACUGCCAAGAACGGCAUCUGCAAGGCUUCCGGCUGCACGGUGGGCAUCCCGGCCCACGGUGUGACCAGCUACGUGGACGUGAAGGCGGACGACGAGCAGGCUCUCAUGGAUGCGGUGGCCAAGCAGCCGGUGUCCGUUGCCAUUGAGGCGGACCAGAUGGCCUUCCAGAUGUACAAGAGCGGCGUGCUCACGAAGACCUGCGGCACCAAGCUGGACCACGGCGUGCUGGUGGUGGGCUACGGCACCGAGGACGGCACGGACUACUGGCUGGUGAAGAACAGCUGGGGCGCUACCUGGGGAGAGCAGGGCUUCGUGAAGCUGGAGCGUGGCAAGGCCGGCCCCGGCGAGUGCGGCAUCAAGUCGCAGGCCUCUUACCCGGUGGUGUCCGGCUCCGGCCCCUCUCCUUCCCCGCCGUCCCCGCCAUCCCCGCCGUCCCCGCCGUCUCCUCCGUCCCCGCCCUCCCCUCCCAGCAAGAGCCACUACGAGAAGCCGCCCUGCCAGAGCGACGAGACCCAGGCCGAGGUGGAGGGUGCUGGCGGCAGCGUCUGCGCGCCCAAGUGCAACACCGGCGCCUGCCCCAGCGACGUGCCGGCGGGAACCACCGCGCACCCCAUGUGCAUCCUGCAGGACAGCAGCAGCGGCGACAAGUACUGCGCACUUGCAUGCAUCGUGGGCGGCUGCCCCAGCGGUUCCAAGUGCGUCCACCUCUCCAGCCUUCUGGGCAUUUGCGUCUACCCCGACUCCGAGCCUGCUCCUUUGAAGCUUGGGCUUGCCACAGGCACUGAGAUGGUUAUCUGA